AUGUUUGCGACAACCUUUUAUACGGAUUAUGAAUUAACGUGUAAAAAUUCAAGCAAUUCAAUCAUACUCAUACGGUACGACUUUAAUAACGUUGAGCUAUAUAACCCCUCAAGAAGAGGAAUGAAUGUUAUUCGACUUAUUCAUCUGAACGGAUCAGGUACCGCCUUUGAUGCACCCGUUCGUUGCGAUGAUUUAUUAGAUUGUCCAGCAUUACCUGAAAUACCGACAGACAUUAAAGGUUACGGUCUGGCACAUUUGACUCGGUUGCCUGUAAUGGGAGUGAGUCUCUACCGUCCAAGCCAUAAUAGCAUAAGGUUACGAAUUGGAAAAGUUACUGUUAUAUUAAAUAUAACGGAUUCAGUAUUGACUCCGUUCAACAACGUUGCAAUCAUCGGUUGGCCCAGAGUUACUAAUAUAACAAUUACUUUCCGUCAAGUACGUCUUUACGACAAAAACUCUACAACUUCCAACGGAUCCUCUUUUUCAACAAACAUUUCCAGCGCAGACGCAAUAUUGCUCAUUGCUCA